ACCUUCCUCAGCGCUGCAAGAAGUUAGCACUCGCCUGCCAGUCUGGUCCGUAGCCACGAUGGAUGCAAUACCAUGCCUUCUGCUCGUCCUCCUGUUCUGGACAAGGAUACAAGUAAAUACCGCCCUCCAAUGUUACUGUGACCGCUGCAGUGCCAACUCCAGCUGCACAACCGAUGGCGUCUGCUUCGUCGCCAUCCGCAAGUCAGGCAGUCGGCUGACCACAGAGCAGCGCCAGUGCGUGCAUGAAAACGAACUGAUCCCGCGAGACCGGCCCUUCAUCUGUGCCCCAUCUGUCAAGCAUGACACAGGCAUUUACCCCAUGUGCUGUACCACAGACUACUGCAACAAAGAGCCCGACCUGGAAAUCUUCCCCGUCCCCACGGUAAAGACCCCUCCUCUGGGCCCCGUGGCCCUCGCGGCGGUGAUUGCUGGCCCGGUGUGUGUGCUCUGCCUGCUGCUGGUCUUGGCGUUCUACGUUUGUCACAGCCACAGGGCCCUGGGGGCCGGGGGUGCUGGUGCCCAUCAUCACCACCACCACCGGGUGCCCAACGAAGAGGACCCCUCCAUGGACCACCCCUUCAUCACUGUCGGAACAACGCUGAAGGACCUCAUCUACGACAUGACCACCUCAGGCUCUGGAUCCGGCCUGCCACUGCUGGUCCAGAGGACCAUCGCCAGGACCAUUAUCCUCCAGGAGAGCAUCGGGAAGGGCCGUUUCGGGGAGGUGUGGCGGGGUAAGUGGCGUGGCGAGGAGGUGGCCGUAAAGAUCUUCUCCUCCCGCGAAGAACGCUCCUGGUUCCGCGAGGCUGAGAUCUACCAGACUGUGAUGCUGAGACACGAGAACAUUCUGGGCUUCAUCGCUGCUGACAACAAAGAUAACGGGACCUGGACUCAGCUGUGGCUGGUGUCUGACUACCACGAACACGGAUCCCUGUUUGACUACCUGAACCGUUACACCGUCACCGUGGAGGGCAUGAUCAAACUGUCCCUGUCCACAGCCAGCGGCCUCGCCCACCUCCACAUGGAGAUAGUGGGCACGCAAGGGAAGCCAGCGAUUGCCCACAGAGACCUGAAGUCAAAGAACAUUCUGGUGAAGAAGAACGGGACCUGCUGCAUCGCCGACCUGGGUCUAGCUGUCCGCCACGACUCGGCCACUGAUACCAUCGACAUCGCUCCAAAUCACAGAGUGGGAACCAAACGGUAUAUGGCACCAGAGGUCCUGGACGACUCCAUAAAUAUGAAACACUUUGAGUCUUUCAAGCGAGCUGACAUCUACGCCAUGGGCCUGGUCUUCUGGGAGAUCGCCAGCCGCUGCUCGAUGGGAGGCAUCCAUGAGGACUACCAGCUUCCCUACUACGACCUGGUUCAGUCAGAUCCGUCAGUUGAGGAGAUGAGGAAGGUGGUUUGCGAGCAGAAGCUUCGGCCCAACAUUCCUAACCGCUGGCAGAGCUGUGAGGCCUUGCGGGUGAUGGCGAAGAUAAUGAGGGAGUGUUGGUAUGCCAACAGUGCCGCCCGACUCACCGCUCUCCGAAUCAAGAAAACCCUGUCUCAGCUCAGCCAACAGGAGGGAAUCAAGAUGUAGACACAACUACCAAACACACACGCACACACACCUCUGACUGGCAUCCAUAUCGUUAGCAUUACAGCAUUAUUAUCUUCAUUAUUAUUCAUCGAUUUGUUCCUCCCCUUUGGUUUGAAGGGAAGCAAAGACUUUUUUUCCCCCUUGUUCUCUUUUUUUUCCUAAUCCAUUUCAUUCAUUGACAUACUGAUAAGUCCUGCAGCUGAGAGUGAGGAACCGCGUGUGUAUGUGUGUGUUGCGCUGGGCCGACAUACACACAUGAAUGGAUGGAUGGAUGGAUCAAAUGAGGGAUGGUUGUGCCUGAUGGGGAGGACCGAGGCAGUAAGGAAGCCUCCACUCAUGAUGCUCCUUCUUCCUUUUCUACAUUCAUCACAUAAAGUCUCUGAAAACUGCAACUGGUUUCCAUCUCAAGUCCCGCCCCCACUGCUCAUCACACACCUAACCAACAAGAGCUCAAACCCCAUCAGGUAAACAAAAGGCCAGACAGGGAAUCAUCUGGGGGGCCUCUGAGCUGCCAGAGCUUUGCUCUCAUCUCCUCUCAUCUUCAUCACCACCCUCUCAUUUGUAUAUUAGCAUUUUAUUCUUUACUUCAGAGAGUUAUGCUACUCUUCAGUAGGGCUGCAAGUUGCUCAUUUACAUCUUUAUAUAAUGUGAUUUAUGGAAUGUUAAGAUUUCCUCUCAUUACAAACACAAAAAUGUGUUUAAAAAAUCUAAAUGGAACGAUCCAAAUCAUGUGAUCUGUCAUUAGCCUAAUACAUUCUUAAAUGAAUGUAAGCAUGUGCACUGCUCCCACAUAACUAGUGUGUCCUGUUGUUAGGUUAACCACUACAGGAGAUUACAUUCUAGUUUUCACUACAGUAAGGGAUGUACUGGGAGGCAGUAAAAAUUCAUUUAAUACACACCUAACAGUCCAUGUAUGGCAGCAUAGAAAUGCCUUAGGGAAAACAACCUAAUUGUGAAAUGUAACCACUCCUGUGUGUUAACAUUAAAUUACCACUUAAUUUGUAGCACUUCAAUAUUUAAACUUCUGACUGAAUCAAUUAUCCGAAUUAAUGUGGUUUGAAUUGUAGUCCAAAACAUCUUAAACCAAAAAGAUCAGCCCAAACUGGAAUGUUGAAAACUAGCUGCUAAAAUUCAAGAUGAAAAGAAUAAGCAGUCGAGAUUGGAUGAAAUCUUUUGGACCUCUGUCCUAACAGAUUCAGUGUUUUGAUGAACAGAUGACACAGAUAGCCCAGUCAGAGCCUCAAACCUGCCAAUCGUCAUAAAAGUAGCCUCAUUUUUUAUCCAGAUGGAGUUUAUCAUCGAUCUAAGAAAAUAAAGCAACUUGGUCCCAAACAUUUGUUUUAUUAGUGUAAAUCCAAACAGGGGCGGAGCUAGAGGGGUGGCCGGGGUAGCACUGGCCACCCCUGGAACUUGAUUGGACACCCUGGGUGCGACCCCAGUGGAUUGACAGGUCACUGCACGUCACGUCGAAAACAGCGAGAUUUUUAAACGCAAACAGAGAAGGCAGAAUAAAAAGAUAACAAUGAAGAGGAAGGGAGAUAUUUACAACUUUCUUGCUAAAAAAAAACAAAUCAGGCACAGACAGACCCCAGCCCAGAUAUCAGCAGCCCGGGCAGCUCCCCACAAGAAACUAGCCUGGCAAGUCAUUAAUUAAUUCUCAUACCAAUGGCGUCUUUAUUUGAUCCUUGAGCCGAGUCUUGCGUCUUGUGUCCGUGAUGUGCAGCCUUCUCUUUGUUUUGCCAAGACACCGGCUUUUCCCACGGGUGUUUUUAAUUUUCUGAAUGAAUGACGGUGCGCCGGCUUAAUUGCUGCGCCAGAAACUGAAAGUGAAACUUAGGUCCAUUUCCUCCAGCCACUUUCCUUCCGUCAUAAAGCUCUUUUUCCUGAGUUUAACUCAACAGUCAAGAAGGCAUGUUCAGAAAGGUUAGAUUAUAUCAGUGUCAGCGCCAGGUUAGCUCAGUUGGUAGAGCUGGCGACCCAUGUACGGAUGUUGCUGCAGUGGCUCGGUAUCCAGGGAUUUUCCUUUAUUAGGCCUAGUAUAUGGCCCCCCUCAUAAAGCCUUGACCACCCUCUGGCCACCCCUUGUAUAAAAGUCUAGUUCCGCCACUGAAUCCAAAACCGUGCUGACAAUACUUAAAGAUCAUCCACCAAAUCUUUUAAAUAACAUUACAAAAUCUUCACUUAAAUUCACAGAUGUAGGCUUUUAAAAAUCUUUUAUCCAUAUUGGAGAAAGACACUUCAAUCCACAAAGAAAUGCAUGCAACCUGUAUUCAGAAACUGUGACUUCAAGCAGGCUGUCAGUCCAACCCUUUUUUGUCGACACACCACAAUACCAAGCGACCAUUUCGCCACUAAGCUAGCAAAACACAAGUCGAAAAAUGUUUGGAUGUCAGGAAGCCAAAAUAUCAUUGCAUAUUCUUCCUAAAGAUAGUAAUAUUAGAGACUAGUGACUAUUUAUUUUUUCAGAGCAUUUUAGUCCAAAUUUCAGUGUCUCUUCAGUGCUGGCUGCUUCCACAGUCUGACACAAUACAAUGCAGGUUUCUUAAAAAAAUACUACUGAUGAGUUAGCUCAGUUAGCCAUUCAGCUAACCGUCCAGUCUGGGAGGUCACAGCACCGGCUAUCACGGUAGUCCAAAGUUCCUGUACUAGAAGUGUAAACACCCACACUCCCUCCAGUCUUGAAAAGAAACCAAAAUCUGACAGCACUGAUCAGGUAACGUUCUAUCAGUCAUGAUCUGAGAUGUUCACAUGAGCUUUUUGAAAAGAAUUCACCACAUAAAUUUAGACAGAUGAUUUUCAAAGUAAAAUGUUUCUGUGCUUUAAAUUCAGUGGUGUUUUUAAAUUUCAGUAUUUAGUUGAGGUUAGAAUCAAGACAUUGGGUUACUUAUUACGUUUUUAUUAUAGCCCUUUUUGGCUUCCGUAUACAUGGAGCAAGCAGAGCAGUUUAAUAUCAACAGCUGUAAGAUGUAUUAAAUGUCAGAAAAAGGAUGUUUAUUUUGAAAUUACCAAUUCCUCUUAAUCUCCUUGCUAACAGUGAGUCAGGCGUGAUCAGCAUUAGGGAAACCGUUGUGAUAUGAGGUUGUUUGCAGCCCUACUCUUGAGUCGUGUUACAGUAGCAUUGGGAACUGAGGCGAGGACCAGGGGGUUAUGGGACAGUCUGUAAGCCGCCCUGUGGGGUCCAUACAAACAACGGCUUCAUCUGUUCUUCAUCUAGUCGGGUUGUACGCAGAAUCUCUCAUCUCUGCAACAGUUUUGCACCUGUUUUUUUUUUUUUUUUUUCUCAUUUGUUACUGUUGUAUUUCCCGACUCCCUGCAUACUGGCAGGGAGUCGGACAGGUCAGUUUAAUUUAUUGUGUUUUUAAAAUUUUCUUUCUGGUGGCAGGGGAUCUUUUUUGCAAAACUAAACUGGACAUGAUGACCUCAUUCAUUUUUGGCGAACAUGCUGCAACAUAUGCAAUAUACAGUAGAUAAAUGUGUCUAUUUUCUAUACUCUGCUCUGCUAAACCACAAACAGCAAGAACAACAACACCAACAAUCAGCUGCCACCAUGCCUUCAAAGCCAGCUGUUACCGGAAAGUGCCAGUGCUUUAAAAACCCAACUCCUCUCAUGUCGGCUGCCGUGGAGUGCGUUUGCUCUCGCGUGUAUGCAGCUCCGUGCGUGUGUGUGUGUCGGAGAGAGGCCCGCGGGAGCCAUGCCGAGCACACAGCAAGCUCGUACUAUGCACACCCAAGAAGCAGGGACGGAAAGCAAGAAGGGGCACACACACUGCACAUCACGAGCACCCACAACCCAGCCGACUCUCUGGUGCCAUUUCGUCAACCCCCCUCCCCCCUCACCUGAACACCCGACCACCUCAGCAACAACUCAUCGUACAGCUUCUCCUCCCGGUGGACAGAGUCUGGAAACCGAGCUCCAACACCUCAAACUGUGUUUAGUUGGAAAAAACGAUGCCACAAAAGCUCACCGCAGCUUUUCGAAAAGAGACACAAAGACUUGUAAGCAUUACUGAUGUUGCCCUAUAAAUGUAAAACUCUUGGAUUUCAGAUUUUUGCUCUCUUCACAUGUUUGCGCCGUUGACAGCGCAGCAGCGCGAAACAACCUUUCAAGCGUUUUCUUCUUUGUAGGAUAAUCAACAAAAAUGAGGUACAUUCAUUUAAAUAUAGCAAAUGGAUAUUUACUAAGCCAUAGGUUUUCCAGGUUGUGUAUUUUUUUUUUUUUUUGUGGCAAGGUCUUUUUCUACUAGAAUGUACAUUUACGUAAAACAAAAGAUGAAAAAAAUAUGCGUAAAAUUGACAAUUUUGUCAUUUCAGCUUAGCAAGCCUUAAGGGACCAACGCAUAAGAGUCAGGAUCUACUCUUAUUUUAUUAUUCUUUUUGUUUUGUUUUGUUUUUUAUGAAAAAGAUUAUGAUUGAUAAAGGUAGUGUCAUUAUUCUAUCUAAAGGACAAAAAAAUAUAUGUAGCACCUGAUUUAACAGUUUGUUUCAGUCAAGUGUUUGUCCUGUUGCCAAAAUUGCCAUACAUCUAAACCCAUUUGAUCUUAUCUCACAGAUUUGCUUGUGUCGGAGUUCCAUCAAAAGCACUUGUCUUUUUGAACAAGUCCCAUAAUUAGAUACAGUUCAAAUAAAGUGACUGCAAACAGUCAAUAAUUAAUACAUCAGUACAUACAUCAGAUCUGCUUAACAGUGAUUUGCUCAAAUUCCACAGUGUCUUGAUUGUUCAGCAAUAAGUGCACUUCUGAACCACUGCAGGGUUUACCUGUGUGGCAAUUUGGAUGUCGGUGAGUCCGUCUGUCUCCAUUGCUUUUCUUUUGUGGAUACAUAAUGUAUUGAUGUGCUGCUACUUCGUUGUCCACCUCGCUCUCCGAGUUGAGGUGAGAGCUGCCGUUGGAUGUAAAUAUCCUCAGAUUGCCUGAAUCUGAUCAUUCUGUGCCAUGUUGCUUUUGACACAAAUCCAGCCCAUCAGCAUUUGGUCGGCAGUCCUCUCAAAUGAUUUGCUGAAGUGUGUUAAAGAGUUGUUGUCAGCCACCAUCCAUGGAAGUGCAGCAGUCCACCACCACCCCUCUGCAGCAGCUCAUUUCACUGAGGAGUUCUUCCUCUCUGGUUCAAAGUGCUGGUCAGUUCAGUUAGAAUGGAAAGCUGCAGUCUCCAUUGAGCAUGGUUGAAAAACAUGGUGCCAAUCUAUCAGUGGGCAUCGGAGUUCUUUCCAAUCUGAUGCCCACAGUUGGAAAUGCAUUGAGACAUAUUUUUCUCUACUAGAAGCCCAAGCUUAGAGGGGUGGGAGAGCAAAUACAUCCAAUUAUUUCUGAAGUGGUGAUUUGUUUAGUAAAAAGCUCUUGUUCUCUAUUAAAAACAACCCUGUUGAUGCCAUUGUAGCAACUUAUAAUGAAACACCAAAUGGAUAAUGUCAUUUUUGUAAAAUUAUACAAACUCCACGGCUAAAAAAAAAAAAAUAUUUGAGGAUUUAAUUCCCAGACAAUGUAAUAGCUGUUCCAGUGCACCUCUUCCAAGGCAAUGAUGGCCUGUCAGAGGCAGCCUAGUGCCCAUUACUUGGCAGACAGCCCUUUUUGUUGAAUGACAAUUCAUCAGUGAAACAGUCACAGAAACACUGAAAUAGAACAAAACCACUCCAAAUCAGAUUGAAACAUACAGAAACAAAUAAUUUCGUCUUGACCUCAGAAACAGCAAAACAGUCUCCAGUAGAGGUUCACUUACUUGCUUGCUCCAAAGCUUUCAACUGUAUCACAGUCUUCAUCAGUAGGGGAAGUUCAGUCAGCCAAGCAAAGGAAAUGCCAAAGUCCACACAGUAGAGUGGGGACUGAUGAUUCCUUUACGCCAGGAAACGAAUAGUAGUUCUCAGAACACAAGAACGUAGCUCGAAGCCUGUCUAGAUGGAUUGUAAAUCCAAGAUUGGCAGAUUUCAUCUGCUGAUAAAGACAGCGUUACAGUCUAAAGCUCCUGAACAAAUGAGUAAGUGGACCUUGAGCAAAGAUUGCUAAAUGUGAAGACAUACUUACCUUUUUUUCCCCAUUUCUAAUGUGACAAAUCUAUUUUGUUUAAAAUGACAUCAGUUGCUACAGGCGUUAUUCAGUGAUUCCCUUUGUCGUCAUUUAAGAAGACAAGUUGUGAUGUACCCACCCGUACAGUUCCACUGUUCAGUCGCUCUUUUGAAUGAAGUAUUCUUAAAUAUGUAGAAAUGGUUAACAGUGGCAGAAGUGACAUAUUAAGCCUUGUAAAUAUCUUGUGGAGUAAACAAAAGAAGAAAGCUAUCCUGAUAUUUGAAGAAAGUAAAGUGGAUAUCGCUGCUAUGUUGAAUAUAAAAUAGAGUGACGGACUAUGCUGAAUUAAAUGUUAUAUGUGUACAAAAGUGGUCAAUCUAGUAUUGAAAAACUGGGGUUUGCCAGGGACCAGGGCCAAGGAUCCAUCUUUGCAAGCCAUGUGGGGGUUGUGGGGAAACAAAAUUUCCAAUUCUCACAGUAUCCCUUUAAGUAAGCCCUGGCUAGCCCCUGCUGGGCCUUUUGGAUAGGAUUGAGACUGUACAGUAUGUGUAUUUCAUUAGCAGUGUCAUUCUCUGGGACAUUAGCAACAACAAAAGCUCAACUCAACAGCACCUCUGGUAUGCCUCUACUAGGACAACGUUCAUUCUGUCUUAAAGUCACCAGCAGCCUUGUACUUUUUCUUUUCAAAACCCAAGAUGACUUAACUGUAAAAAGAUGUUUGCACCCGGCUGUUUUCUCUUGUGGUCUUUAUACAGCAAUCUCUCUGUCCUUGAUUCUCUCUUGCCUUUCUCUCUUGUCAUUCCAUGUUCUCUAAUUUACUAAACAGAUAUCUCCUAGCUACAAGGGCCACUUCACUGCAGCUGGUUCCCUGGCCUCGCAGCUCCAUUUUGGGCUAAACCAACUCACAUGAAUCCCUGCCUACUUUUUUAUCUCUUAAAAGUCAGAUCCUAAGGCUGGGGUAGGUUUGAAACUCGUUUGUACAAGACGAUGAGUCUCACCAAUCGGGAUAACAGCUCACACUGUCAGAUGGUUUCUCCAACAAGUGACUGAAGUAGUCUGUUUCGAGAAUGAUUAAAGAGAGCAAAACUUUCUCAGCUCUGCAUACCUGGCCAGUUGCUGAGGUGGGCAUGCCCGUCAAAUAGACGGUUUCGGACAAGCUCUGACAAGCAUUGUAUUAUAUUCUUACACUUAUUAUAUACAUACUGAUUCAUUUGAAAAAGUUCUCCCAUCAAUUUACAUUGCACAACCUUGUCAAAGAAGGGACCUUCAAAGUAAGUGCAGCUGAAGAUAUCAUCCUCUUUGUUCCUUGUCAAAAGCUGCAGCCUACAUCACCCGCAAUGCAACUGGCCCAUCGACAGUUCAGUCAAAAAUAUUGGUUGUAUUAGGCAGCAGUUAUUCUUUCUGCAAGAUUGUGAGCGUACACUGGGGUCUGGGUGACAUACAUUUUCAGAGGGUGUACGUGUAGGCUCUGUGCGGACAAUCGCAUACUGCCAGUUUGUCGUGACUGCGGACUGUUGCACGUGGACUCCUGAAAGUAGUAUAAGCAGAACUACCAUGCUGCUGUCCAUGUACACAUCCUUGUGGGAGUACACUCAAGCUUUUAUGCUAUUAGUGGCUAAUGUGACCUCGAACUGCUAGCCUCAAGUAGAGAUGAAGAGUAAGCUACAGAGGUCUGUCAAGCUCACACCCCCAGAUCUUUUCAUUUUCUAACUCAGUCUUCAUCCCCAACUGAUACAUCAUUUUAGUCAGUGUCAGCUGUCGACUUUACUCCCCAACACCUGGAAACACACUUUUAUGGGCAUCGGUUGAGUUCCCCUUUAAGGACUGUCCAACAGUGUCUGUUGGAUGGCUGGAGCUGUGUCUGAAACCGGGGGUGCUACAACCAAAAUUGCCUGUACAUUUCUGAAACCACCACCGACAAUAAACAGCAUGAUUGUCUUUGAAGAAAGACUGUCUAACAGUGUGCUCUGUUAUCUCCACAUAUGUAUAAUUGAUAUCCAUAUAUAUCAUUUCCCCCCACCUCUGAUUGUGGCCGUAUUUAACAGCUCUUGCCUGCCUCGACGAUGUACAAGCUAGUCUGUUUGGGACAUACAUUGGCCUUGGGGUUAUAAAAGGGCCCGUACUAUAGGCUGUCCCUCCUUUUGUCUGGAAAGAUCGGGAUUGAAUCUGUAAAUCCUUCAUUUGUGGGUCUGGUGAACAGUUUUUGCUUAGAUCUCUGUCUUGGCCAUGAUCCAUUUAAAAACUAAAUUAACGAAGAAAACGCUGUACCUCCUCUUUGAGAUUCUUACUUGCCUUCUCUCUCCUCAGCUCACAUUAAAAGGGGUGGGGGAGGUCACUGUACACUGUUGAUAUGCAGCCACCAAGCAAUUCCAAACCUCGGUUCACUGGUCGACGCGGUUGAAGGUUGGGAGCAGCAACGUGGCCGAGCCGUUUUGUGACUCAAACCCGAUACAGAGAGCACUCUUGUUUGUUAGGUCUGGUCAAAUAUGCAGCCUUUUUUCAUGCUAUUCUUUUUAUGCCAAGAAAGGUGCAAAAGGAGCAGUUUUUUCCUGCUCCGUGUGCAUUGAUGGAGGGUCAAAACAGGGAGGUAACAUAAACUAUGCCAGCAGCUCUAGCGCUUCAAACCACGCACUGAGUAAUUCCCACAGCUGUGAAUGUAUCGGCCCUCUCAGAGUCUCCAACCAAUCCGAGCACAACCCGCGUAACUCAGCCCAAAGGUAAUGGCAGCAACUUUUUGAGCAUGCAAAUAUCCACCGCACGGGUCCGUUUCUAUCUCUCUUUUUCUCUUGUUAUGCAAAGUCUGGGCCAAUCAGUGUCCGCCCACUCAGUCCCUCUGGAUCACACAGGUUGAACGACCUAUCUAUGCUAGCAUGAUCCACACACUGUGAUGAGGAGCGCGUUAGGGUCGAAGGAUUAUCACGUUCAUGGUUGCCCUCCAUCGUAUCAGAGACCCACUGCGUGACCCCAAAGCGUCCGCACUGGUCAAGCAUCAAGGUUGGCGCGAGGAGCGGUUUGGGUCACUAAAGGGUUCAGGCUUUUGCUCAGCUUCAACGGUUUUCCUCUCCGGUUCGAUGCUGCAGUGAGGCCUUUAUGGCAACAAGGGUAGCAGAAAGCUUUAUCAUGUUUUAUUUGGUGCCUAAGUUUGACAAGACUUCUUUUACUUUUCACCUCGAAUGACAAGACUGCAUGUGAUUGUGUCUGCAUUGAUGUCUGCAUUACUUGCUUUAUAGAUGUCAUCCAAAAGCUGAGAAGUAUCUUAAAAAGCAUAAUUAACAUAUUAAAAAGGUCACUUAAUCAAAAAGAAAAUACCUCCUUUUAAAGACCAAUGUGUUUUACCUCACUGUAUAUAUAUUCUCGAUUUGUUUACUCCAAGUUUGCAAUUUACCUUUCUCUUUUGUUUCUAUGAAAUGCUUAAAAAAAGUUGAAAAGAAUAAUUUUCUUUUCAAUGGUACUUUUUUUUGUCAGAUGGCAUUGUAUUGUGUUUGUGUUGUGCCCAAGCAGUAUACUAUUCCUCUUUUACCAUGCUCUGUAUAUGACCUGUUGGUUGUGUUCUGCGUGAGCUGUACAGUCAAAGCGCUUUACAAAAUGUCCAAGCCCCCUUCUGAGCUCUGGUACAAAUGCCUUGUUCAAUAUGUUCUUUUUGUUUAAUGAAAAAAAGAGGGGAAAAAAGAGUCAAAGUGGAGAUGGAGGAGGCUGGAAGUGAGGGGGAGGGACUGUAAAGCGAGAACCCCUCAACAACUGUCGAACCCUCCUCACCUCGCAACCCUCUUGGAUUUCUAAACAUAUUAUAAUCUUGACUUUUUUAUAUAGUGUGUACAGAUGAAUGAGAGAUCAACAUAGGAACUAGAGGAUUGACACUUAUGUUAACUUCUAACAUAGCUGGAGUAGAAAAUUGUGUGAAUAAAGAAACAAAGUUUCACUACAA